GCUCCUAUGGCAACCCGAGGGAUCAACCCCAUUAACAUUCACGCCAUUAGGACGCGGGAGACUGAUGGAUCAGUGAUGUCAGCGCUCGUUUGAACGCCGGUGCGGGCUUCGUGCACGCGUGUCGUCCCCUCGCGCUGACAGAGAGCUCAGAUGUUUUGGGGAGGUGGAGAUCACGCUUUGUCAUUGAGGACCUCGGCAGCGGCGGCAGCGGCGGCGGCAGCGGCGCUCUCACACUUCGGCACGUCCGACGCGCAGCAUGCAGCAUCCCGAUGCGCGCCCCGUCUGCGCGCCGUGGAUUCUUCACCUGGAUGCACACGCAUUUCCCGUUGGCGGCUUCAACGUGACCUUCGGACCGAGAGGCGAGAGCCGCGCACGUCGUUGACGCAUCUCGAUGUUUGAACCCGGGGAGAGAGGCACGCGCCAAGUGUCAAAUCAGAUACGACCCGUCCCGCGGAUGCGCCGUCACUGCUCGCCUCCGGUGGCAACCCCCACGGGAUUCAGGAUUCAUCCGUCUGUCUUCACGGGCUGCCCGUAGAGCGCGCACUCUUCUCCUUCUUCAAACAUGGAAAGAUUCCAGUCCUCCAUGCGCAAACGGCUGUACAGCUUGCCGCAAAACAUCGGGCAAAAAGCCUUCGCGGUGGACGAAGGAGACAACGAAGACAAGGACACCAAGAGAAAAAGUAUUCGGCUAAAACAUUUGUCCUCUCCCUCUCCCGCGUCCAGUUGCAAGAGUGUCGCGGAGGCCAGGAGCGAGGACUUGGAGAAGAACGUCACCGCGAAGACCAACUUGAACGGGGACUGUCGCCUGUUUCGGAGCAGCGUCUCCUCCAUCACCGGGCGGCGUCCUCCCGGGUCCGAUCCGGCGGAGCAGCAGCGCCUCAUCCCCGAGGCGGGCGUCCGAGAGAGUUCCCCCGGUGAGAGCAGCCCCGGGGCCCAGCCGCGGGCAACGGGUGGUCUGAGUGGCGCGGCCGGGCACGGCUCCGUGUAUGACAUGUCAAGUUUUAUUAAGUUGGAAGGCGCCGAGCAAAUCGUACCGGAGGACGAACGGCUGUACCAAGCCGGCUUCAUGCACCGGCAGUUUGGGGCGAUGCUCCAACCGGGUGUCAACAAGUUCUCCCUGCGGAUGUUGGGGAGUGAGAGGGCCGUGGAGCAUGAGAGGGAGCGGGUGAAGUCUGCCGGCUUCUGGAUAAUCCACCCGUACAGUGAUUUUAGAUUCUACUGGGAUCUGACUAUGUUGCUGCUGAUGGUGGGGAACCUCAUCAUCAUUCCUGUGGGCAUCACCUUCUUCAAGGACGAGCACACGCCGCCCUGGAUCGUCUUUAACGUGGUCUCGGACACCUUCUUCCUUAUGGACCUGGUGCUCAACUUCCGCACGGGCAUCGUCAGGGAGGACAACACGGAGAUCAUCCUCGACCCGCACAAGAUUAAGAUCAAAUACCUGAAGACCUGGUUUGUGGUGGAUUUCAUCUCGUCCAUACCCGUGGACUACAUCUUUCUCAUUGUUGAGACACGCAUCAACUCUGACUUUUACAAGACGGCCCGAGCCCUGAGGAUCGUCCGGUUCACCAAGAUCCUCAGUCUGCUGCGGCUCCUGCGCCUCUCCAGACUCAUCCGCUACAUCCACCAGUGGGAGGAGGUUUUCCAUAUGACCUAUGAUCUGGCCAGCGCCAUGGUGCGCAUCAUGAACCUGAUUGGUAUGAUGCUGCUGCUGUGCCACUGGGACGGCUGUCUGCAGUUCCUGGUGCCCAUGCUGCAGGACUUCCCCUCUGACUGCUGGGUCACUAGAAACAAGAUGGUGAAUGACACCUGGGGUCAGCAAUACUCCUACGCCCUGUUCAAGGCCAUGAGUCACAUGCUGUGCAUCGGGUACGGCCUGUACCCCCCCAUCGGCAUGGCUGACGUGUGGCUCACCAUCCUCAGCAUGAUUGUGGGCGCUACCUGCUUUGCCAUGUUUGUGGGGCAUGCGACUGCUCUCAUUCAGUCCCUGGACUCCUCCAGGAGGCAGUACCAAGAAAAGUACAAGCAGGUGGAGCAGUACAUGUCCUUCCACAAGCUCCCUGCCGACAUGCGGCAGAGGAUUCACGAAUACUACGAACAUCGCUAUCAGGGAAAGAUGUUCGACGAGGAAAGCAUCCUGGAGGAGCUGAAUGAGCCGCUGCGAGAGGAGAUCAUCAACUUUAACUGUCGCAAACUGGUGGCCUCCAUGCCGCUUUUUGCCAACGCCGAUCCGAACUUUGUCACCUCCAUGCUGACCAAACUGCACUUCGAGGUCUUCCAGCCGGCCGACUACAUCAUCAGGGAGGGAACCAUCGGCAAGAGGAUGUACUUCAUCCAGCACGGUGUCGUCAGCGUCCUGACCAAGAACAGCAAUGACACCAAGCUGUCUGACGGCUCUUAUUUUGGAGAGAUCUGCCUGCUCACCAGAGGCAGGAGGACAGCGAGUGUGCGAGCGGAGAACUACUGUCGGCUCUACUCUCUGUCGGUGGACAACUUCAACGAGGUGCUGGAGGAGUAUCCCAUGAUGAGGCGGGCCUUUGAGACCGUGGCUCUGGACCGCCUGGACCGCAUCGGGAAGAGGAGCUCUGUUCUGCAGAAUAAAGUCCAGCAUCACCAAAGUGCUGGCACUUUAAACUUCCAAGAGACCGAGAUCAUCCAAAGAAUAGUGCAACAUGACCGCGACAUGGCCAAUUGCACGCAGCUGAUCCAGACCAGCCCACAGAGUCUUCACCUUCUCCCCGCGCCCCCGUCACCCACCCCGGUCAUCUGGGCCCCGCUCAUCCAAGCCCCGCUUCAGGCUGCCGCCGCCACCACCCCGCUGGCUCUGGCUUUAGCCCACCACUCCCAGCUGCCCCCCAUCCUCUUCCACCAUCCCCUGGCACCGGGCUCCAUGAAGGACCCCACGGGUUAUCCAAAGAAAGUCCACAGUGGAGCGAAUAUGUCCAGUAGCUGUGGUUCGGGGCCCGGUUCUCCUGUCAGCUUCAACAAAAUCCGAUCUGGGAUUGAGAUUCCCACCCCGGCGUCUCUCAGGGCGCAGCACCUGGCAGCAGGGCCCGUGUCACCCACGCUGUCGUCCCAGCCCAUCUUCACCAGCAGCCUGCAGCCCCUGUCCUCACACCAUCUCCCGCCCCACCCUCCCUACUCCGGCAUUGCCUCGGUCUUCCCCAUCGGACAGACCACCGUCUCCUACACCUGCUCUGCUCAGCUCCACUCUCAGCCCUUCCGCGCGGCCCCCACGCCGCACCCGAUAGGUCUACUCCAGCAGGGGGCGCCAGGUAGAUUGCCGGUGAGAUUCCCGGCCCCCUCUGCCUCCGGCAUAAACCCUCUCAUCUCCAGCUCCGUGGGGCCCAUCCUAAGCCAGCUGCCUCAGCCCUCUUACGCCCCCGUGCAGCAGAUGGGGUACAGUCAUGACCGAGCCGGCGGUGUGAACCUUGCACAUUUUCCUUUCGUCACUGGCACUCGGUCCUCCACCGGGUUUGUCCCGCCGGGAUCUGCGGCCGCAUCUGGUGCCGCGGCCUACCUGGCGCAGCAAAGCCUCGCAGGCAUCCAGUCCGUUUUCCUCCCGCGGGUUCUCGCCGAGCCCUCGGCCCUGGCCUCCCUGGCCCAGUACGGCUCCGCCGAGGCGUCGCCCUGCUACACGCCUCCCGUGCAUAGUCCUUGCGUGCAGAGCCCUGUGAGGGCAAAGACAGUUUACCACAGUGAGCUCCCCAGCGCUGCUGGCUCUUGCAGCCCUCUAAUGCUCCAGACCUCGUGCCCCGCCAGGGUGGCCUGUGUCCUCCGAGAGAGGGCCGAGUCCUCGGUGGAUCUCUCUAGCCGGGAAAUAAAGACGGUCUCCGGCCCUCACAGCUCUCCACACCAGGAAAGGCCUUUGGCCACGAGCAGCUCCUCAGAAAGGCUCACGGGGGGGAGCGGCCCCUUCUCCCAGCGCAUGGCUGUCAGCAACCCCUACGGCCAGGUCCUCGGCCAGGUUGCCGUCGGCCGGACACAUUCGGGGCCCGAACCUCAGAACCCGUCGGCCGGUGUUCCUUCUUCCCAGGCUAGAUCCCCCGCUAAGAUCUCAGAGAGCGAACACACGUCGUCCAAACUCCCGUCUGACUUGUGA